AUGAGCACACACACCCACUCCCUCAGCCCAUCCCCCAGUUCACUUUGCUUGUGGGAUCUCCCCGUUUCUCCUGCCCCUGGACUGAGUGGCAGGCCAUCCCACAAGCACCCGGACACUUGGCAUCAGUGGUGUCAAGACAACUCUAAGAAGGUUUUCUGUGAUCCUGCAAGACCUGUGUUCCUUCCCGGUGAUUCUGCCUUCAAUUUGAUUGCACAGGUACCACAGCAAGCCAGUGCUGUGUGCGCCGAAUUCCAGGGCAUCCUCCAGCUCAGCCACUACACUGAGCACAAGGAAUCUCUGUGGGACCCAGGAACAGGUAGUCACCCCUUUGGGGCCCACAACACCCGGCUGUCCCCAGACUUGUGGCCAGGGAAGAUAGUAUUGAGGGCCCUCAAGGAGAGCGGGACAGGGAUGGCUGAGCAGGACAAGGACCCUAGAGUCCAAGAGAAUCCUGAUGAUCAGAGAAGGGUCCCCGAGGUCACCAGGGAUGCACGGUCUGCAUUUCGGCCCCUGUCGGACAACGGAGGCCUCUCUCCCUUUGUGCCCAGGCCCGGGCCUCUGCAGAGAGACCGCCAUGCCCAGAGGUCAGAAUUCAGAUAUAACCAGAGAUCCCAGACCUCCUGGACGAGCUCGUGCCCCGAACUAAAUUCCAUCUCGAGCUCCUACAGCUCUACAGGAGGCCUCCUGGGGCUAAAGCGGAGGUGGGGGCCAGCCUCAUCCCACUGCCAGCUGACCCGCAGUUCCUCAAAGACAGUGAGUGAGGACGGACCUCAGGCUGUCUCUUCUGGUCACACCCAGUGUGAAAAGACGGCAGAUAUAGCACCAGGGCAGACACUGGCCCUCAGGAAUGGCUCCCCCAGAUCCCAGGCCUCUAGGCCCCGUAAACGCAAGCUUCCCCUGCCGUCACGCAGGCAAGGGGAUCCUCUGAUGCUGCCACCUCCCUUAGUGCUGGGGUUCCAGGUCACUGCUGAAGACCUGGACCUGGAGAAGGAGGCGGCAUUCCAGCGCAUCAACAGUGAACUGCGGGCUGAGGCCAAAGCCAUCUCGGACUGUAGACCCUCACGGCCUUCCCACGCUUUGUCCUCACUUGCAACAGGGACUUCUGGUGUGCCUACCAUCUCUAAAGCACCCAGUAUGGAUGCACAGCAGGAGAGACACAAGUCCCAAGACUGCCUGGGCCCAGUGGCCCCCCUAGCUUCUGCUGCAGAGGUCCCCUCUACAGCUCCUGUGUCUGGGAAGAAGCACAGACCACCAGGCCCCCUGUUCUCCUCCUCAGAUCCCCUUCCUGCCACCUCUUCCCACUCCCGGGACUCAGCCCAGGUCACCUCACUGAUUCCUGCCCCCUUCCCAGCUGCAAGCAUGGAUGCGGACAUCAGAAGAACAACGCCUGGCACUUCUGCUCCUGCAGCUGCCGCAGAAGCCCCUCCCCCCUCCACAUUGAACCCCACGUCGGGGUCACUACUGAAUGGAGUGGAUGGAGGCCCUUCACAUUUCUGGGCCACAGUCACAGCUGAAGCAGGUGCCCAGAGGUCAGAAGUCAGAUAUAACAAGAGAUCCCAGACCUCCUGGACGAGCUCGUGCCCCAAACAAAUUGCCACCUCGAGCUCCUACAGCUCUACGGGAGGCCUCCCUGGGCUAAAGCGGAGGUGGGGGCCAGCCUCAUCCCACUGCCAGCUGACCUGCAGUUCCUCAAAGACAGUGAGUGAGGACGGACCUCAGGCUGUCUCUUCGGGUCACACCCAGUGUGAAAAGACGGCAGAUAUAGCACCAGGGCAGACACUGGCCCUCAGGAAUGGCUCCCCCAGAUCCCAGGCCUCUAGGCCCCGUAAACGCAAGCUUCCCCUGCCGUCACGCAGGCAAGGGGAUCCUCUGAUGCUGCCACCUCCCUUAGAGCUGGGGUUCCGGGUCACUGCCGAAGACCUGGACCUGGAGAAGGAGGCGGCAUUCCAGCGCAUCAACAGUGAACUGCGGGCUGAGACCAGGGCCAUCUUGGACUGUAGACCCUCACGGCCUUCCCACACUUUGUCCUCACUUGCAACAGGGGCUUCUGGUCUGCCUGCCAUCUCUAAAGCACCCAGUAUGGAUGCACAGCAGGAGAGACACAAGUCCCAAGACUGCCUGGGCCCAGUGGCCCCCCUAGCUUCUGCUGCAGAGGUCCUCUCUACAGCUCCUGUGUCUGGGAAGAAGCACAGACCACCAGGCCCCCUUUUCUCCUCCUCAGAUACCUGUCCUGCCACCUCUUCCCACUCCCGGGACUCAGCCCAGGUCACCUCGCUGAUUCCUGCCCCCUUCCCAGCUGCAAGCAUGGAUGCGGGCAUCAGAAGAACAAGGCCUGGCACUUCUGCUCCUGCAGCUGCCACAGCAGCCCCUCCCCCCUCCACAUUGAACCCCACGUCGGGGUCACUACUGAAUGGAGUGGAUGGAGGCCCUUCACAUUUCUGGGCCUCAGCCGCAGCUGAAGCAGGUGCCCAGAGGUCAGAAGUCAGAUAUAACAAGAGAUCCCAGACCUCCUGGACGAGCUCGUGCACCACACGAAAUGCCAUCUCGAGUUCCUACAGCUCUACGGGAGGUCUCCCGGGGCUAAAGCAGAAGAGGGGGCCAGCUUCAUCCCACUGCCAGCUAACCCUCAGUUCCUCAAAGACAGUGAGUGAGGACGGACCUCAGGCUGUCUCUUCGGGUCACACCCGGUGUGAAAAGGCGGCAGAUAUAGCACCAGGGCAGACACUCGCCCCCAGGAAUGGCUCCCCCAGAUCCCAGGCCUCUAGGCCCCGUAGAUGCAAGUUUCCCCUGCUGCCACGCAGGCGAGGGGAGCCUUUGAUGCUGCCACCUCCCUUAGAGCUGGGGUUCCGGGUCACUGCUGAAGACCUGGACCUGGAGAAGGAGGCGGCAUUCCAGCGCAUCAACAGUGAACUGCAGGCUGAGGCCAAGGCCAUCUCGGACUGCACACAGCCCUGCCAUUUUCAGCUCGCUCAUUGGACAGGAUAGACUGGGCAUCCAGGCCUCAAGAUGGAGGCAGUGGCCGGAAUGAAUGAACGGCAACAAUUGCUGGCAACCGGCAGAAGCUGAGAGACAGGGAACGGGCUCUUCUCCAGAGCCUCCAGGAGCCAGGCCUUUGAAUACCUCGAAUGUGGGCUUCUGGGAGACCAUGUGUUUCUGUUAUAAGCAGCCCAGUCUCUGGCAGUUUUUACGGCUGCCCCUGGAUGCUCAUCUACACCUGUCUGACAAGGUCAAGCUCCAAGGAAGGGAUUCUCUGCAUAUCUACAUUGUUUGCAGAUUUUACGAUAAUCAUUUAUUCUUGCGUGGCUGAUCAUUGUUAGCCAAUAUAAAUAAAAUAAUAAAGAAAUGACCCAC